ACUUCUUAUGCUUGAACCUACUCAAUGCUAUCAACUCCUCGUCUCCUGUCUUCCCUCGCUCUUUAGAAACACUACACGUGAAACUUUUCCAAUCUCCUUUUUCUUUGUAAACCUAAGCCUUUUUAGGCUUCUAUGUUUGGAUACGUUUAUCGUUUGUUCUUGUUGAGGAAGAAACAGUGAAGAAAUUUAUCAUGAACACUGUAACGGUUUUGUAGAAUGUUUCUGGCUGGAAGUCAGUUCAGUAUUAGUUGCUGUCUCGUUAAAUUAGAAUAUGGGGUGAGCAGGGACAAGCAGCCCUAGAGAAAUCUAGUAUCUGCUUGCUUAAUUGUGGUCCUACGGGUUCUGAAACUCUAAAAAAUCUUGUACUUGGUGGGAUUGGGAGCAUCACUGUAGUUGAUGGAUCUAAAGUCGAAGAGGGUGAUCUUGGAAACAAUUUUAUGGUGGAUGAAUCAAGCAUCGGGCAGUCAAAAGCAAAAUGCGUAUGUUCUUUUCUUCAGGAGCUGAAUGACGCAGUUAAAGCAAAAUUUAUUGAGGAGUAUCCUGAGGAAUUAAUUGAGACAAAUCCAUCAUUCUUUUCUCAGUUUACUUUGGUAGUUGCUACACAGCUUGUGGAAGACUCAAUGGUAAAGCUUGAUCGAAUUUGUAGGGGGGCAAAUGUUAUGUUGAUCUUUGCUCGUUCUUAUGGGCUUACAGGGUUUGUUCGAAUCAGUUUGAAGGAACAUCCGGUGAUUGAAUCAAAGCCUGAGCAUUUUCUGGAUGACCUCCGAUUAAAUAAUCCAUGGCCUGAGCUCAAGAGCCUUGCAGAUAGCAUUGACUUAAAUGUUAAAGAUCCUGUGGCCCAUAAGCACAUACCAUAUGUUAUUAUUCUUGUCAAGAUGGCUGAUGAGUGGGCCAAAAGCCAUGGAGGUGCACUUUCAUCAACCAGAGAAGAGAAAAGGGAGUUUAAGGAGCUUAUCAAAGCUAGAAUGCUUGGGCAAGAUGAAGAUAAUUAUAAAGAAGCUAUUGAGGCCUCUUUCAAAGUCUUUGCUCCUCAAGGAAUCAGUUCAGAUUUGCAGCAGAUAAUCAAUGAUAACUCUGCGGAAGUGGACUCUAAUUCAUCAGAUUUUUGGGUGUUGGUGGCAGCUCUGAAGGAAUUCAUUGCAAAUGAAGGUGGUGGGGGGACACCCCUUGAAGGAUCUAUACCAGAUAUGACAUCUUCUACCGAGCAGUAUGUGAAUUUGCAGAAUAUCUAUCAAGCCAAGGCUGAAGCUGAUUUUGUUGCAAUUGAACGACGGGUGAGAAGUAUUUUGAAAAAAAUUGGAAGAGAUUCAAAUAGCAUACCAAGGGCAACAAUCAAAAGCUUCUGCAAAAACGCCAGAAAGCUCAAAAUCUGCAGGUUUCGCCUGAUUGAAGAUGAGUUUAAUUCUCCAAACCUACCUGGGUUGCAAAAGUAUCUAACUGAUGAGGAUUACAGCACUGCCGCCGGAAUUUAUAUUUUGCUGCGAGCUGUUGACCGUUUUGCUGCUAAUUAUAACAGUUUUCCUGGGCAAUAUGACAGUGCUAUGGAUGAGGACAUACCUCGACUGAAGAGUACAGCUAGUGGCCUGCUUAAUGACUUGGGAUGCAAUGGUGCCACUUUGGCGGAAGACCUUAUAAAUGAGAUGUGCCGAUUUGGUGCUGCAGAGCUCCAUGCUGUUGCUGCUUUGGUUGGAGGAAUUGCAUCGCAAGAAGUAAUCAAGCUAAUAACAAGGCAAUUUGUUCCUAUGUCUGGUACCUUCAUCUUCAAUGGCAUUGAUCACAAGUCACAGCUACUGUCACUGUAAUUUUUUAUUCAAUGAUUUCCGGGGUCCAAUGGAGUGGCAUUCGCCUGUAACUGUGGUCUCCUUGCAUCCGAUAUAGUGGUGCCCCUUUGAGGCAUUUGUGGGUUUGUUAGGUGGAACGGAUUUGUUCUUGUUCGAUACGGGAGUUUUGUAACUUGUUACGGACGUGGAUCUCAGAUAUAAACAAGAAUAGAGAAGAUUGAUUUUUGGACAUGAUCUAUUUUUUUAGGCCACUGCGUAUGAAAUUGAGGUAUUCGCCUUAUUCUGUUAAAUGACGCCUUUCUUCUCCAAGGAGAUAUCAAUCAAUCGAAGAAGAUUGAAUGUCAUCUCAGAUAAA